CUGAAUGGAUCAGAAAGUCGCACCUGCUAGAAAGAAGAAUGAACCCGUGUGAUCUACUUUGUCUUCUGAUCUUCAUGACCCUCCUCUCUGGAAGUCAAACAUCGCCAGCACCGCCCGAUACGUCCGCAGGUGCACCACAGAAGCAGGAGUCCUCGAUUGGUGUUGGAGUGGUUAUAGGUGUGUGUAUAAUGCUGGUUGUGGAUGGCGUCUUGCUGUAUGUGGCGUACCUCUUCAGGGACGAAAUAGCAGACUGCAUAGGAGUCAAGAAAGCCAGAAAUACAAAUGUGCCAGUAAUGUCCAACAUACAGUCUCCUCAGUCCACAGUGAUCGCACCUGCCGAAAUCCAAAGACAAGGUGGAGGCGACGAGUACGAAGUACCAGUGGACAGAAAUGAUUACGAAGCCCUACAGAGAGCAGCUGCUGACGUCCCCAACACUUAUGAGAAGAUACGGACAUACCAGAAUGUGUGAAACGAGGAGACACUGACGAUCAACUACCAACAGUCACCUUUACAAUCAAUGUCCAUUGGACAUUUGCUCAGAAGUCAAUGGAAACUCUAACGUUUGAUCAUAAAAUAGAAAUUCAGUUGUGUCAACUGAACAUUAAUUACUGCAAUAUUUUAUGUUUUUUGUGACAAGCAGUUGCCCUUAAUACAUAAUGAUCAUAAAUGUGUGAGUUUAAUUUUACGCCGCUUUCAGCAAUAUUCCAGCAAUAUCACGACGGGGACACCAGCAAUGGGCUUCAUAUAUUGUGGGCAAGUAGGAAAUCGAAUUCAGGUCUUCGGUGUAACGAGCGAACGCCUGAACCACUAGGCUGCAGUACCGCCCUGGUAGAUAUUAUAUAACCCUCAGAUGUAAAAAAGUCCGAACACCACCAUCAUGUUCAAUCUUAUUCUUUGGUUUGUUGUUUAAGACUGUACUCGGCAACAUUGAAUCUAUAUCACCGCGGUCUGUCAGUAAUUGAUUGUGGACCAGGCAAUACAGUGGUAGACAUCGCGAGCAUGAAUCUACGUAGUUGGAAGGAUAUGGGGAAAAAAAAAUAUGAUCUCCUUGUCUCAAUAUAAAACUUACAAAUGUGUAAUCUACACGUUGAGUCUUGCUUUAACAAAAUGUGUACAGUUAAGUGUGUAUAUUCAUGAACCAGUGAGCGCUCAAGUUUACAUGAACCAUUCCGAAUGCUUACAAUCGGAACAUUAUACUCGGUACUGUCAGGUAUUCCGAUGUUUCACAACGCAAGUUGUGAAUCUUUGCCAUAUAACAAAUGUCAAUGACAUUUCACUUGACUUUUCGUUAUUUCGUUUGUUUCUACAUUUACCAUAAAACAUAAGGUAAGCACCUGCUUGUAUUGACACCUCUUGAUUAAACGCCUGGACAAACAUCA